AUGGCGAAAGCCAUGGAACCAAACUCGAAAUCCAGAAAAGAACUCAUCUUGUUAAAAUACGCCGUCGUCUCACGGCUUCUCGUUCUCUUCUUAACCAUCUCGUGGCGGAGCUUCCUCAAACCGUACGAUACAUCCGCUGUACUAAACCCGCCUUGUCUGCAUCACAGAGAAGUCACAGAAGACUCUCCUCCACUCAAUGCAGUCUCGAAGACACUUGAAAACAGCGUCGUUUGGGACAGUGUGUAUUUCCUCAGGAUCAGUGAGUGUGGGUAUGAGUAUGAGCAGACUUACGCUUUCUUGCCUCUUCUUCCCUUCUUCAUCUCUCUCCUCUCUCGCACAGUUUUGGCGCCUUUGGUUCCGUUGAUUGGUCUUCGAGCUGUAAUGGUGUUGUCUGGUUAUGUUGUUAGCAACUUGGCCUUUGUACUUGCUGCUAUCUAUCUAUUCAGAGUUUCAGUUAUGAUCUUGAAGGACACUGAAGCAUCAUUCAGAGCUUCAGUUAUGUUCUGUUUCAAUCCAGCGUCCAUAUUCUAUUCAUCAAUAUAUUCAGAAAGUCUGUAUGCUUUUUUUUCAAUUGGAGGAUUGUAUCACUUGUUAUCUGGAACCAGCAGUCUAGCUGUUCUCUGGUUUGCACUCUCUGGUUGUGCAAGGUCCAAUGGGAUUCUCAAUGCUGGUUAUAUCUGUUUCCAGACUAUGCAUCGAGCAUAUGGAGCUUUAUAUCUGAAAAGGCGUGUUUGUUUGUGUGUGCAGGUUCUAGUUACUGGAUUUCUUCGAUGUGUAUGCAUUUGUCUUCCUUUUGUCGCAUUUCAAGCAUACGGAUACUAUAACAUAUGUCAUGGACGUAAGCUAGAUGACUUGAGACCUUGGUGCAAAGCAAAGAUACCUUUGCUGUACAACUUCAUUCAAAGUCAUUACUGGGGAGUAGGCUUCCUAAGAUACUUUCAGUUUAAACAGCUCCCAAACUUUCUGCUCGCAUCCCCAAUACUGUCUCUAGCUGUGUGUUCAAUUAUAAGUUACAUUAAGACUCGGCCUGAGCUCUUCAUUUCGUUGGGCUUUCAAGCUACUGAGAAAGAAAAGAGAUCGUCUGCAAGGCUUUAUUCUCUGAAGGAUGCACUUGAACCAGAUGUUAAAACUUCAUCAAAAGAAGGAAACCGUGACAUGAGGCAGAGAAAACCGAGCAAAAAGAAGGACGUGAGUGUCACCAAUGCAGCUGCGAAAUCCAACUCGCCAGACACAUCAGGAUACUUUUCAGCUGAUGUUUUUCCAUUUGUCGUACACUUGGGUUUAAUGACAGCCACAGCUUUCUUCAUCAUGCAUGUUCAGGUUGCAACACGGUUCUUGUCAGCGAGCCCUUCUCUUUACUGGUUUGCAUCUCAUUUGAUUGCUUCUCCUAGACAUAGGAAAUGGGAAUACUUGAUAUGGUCAUAUUGUGCAGCCUAUAUCCUACUUGGCACUCUCCUCUUCUCAAACUUUUAUCCAUUCACUUGA